AAAAUACCAGUAAAUACCAAAAAAGUAUAAGUCGUAUAAUACUAGAGCUUAUAAGAUAGUAGCUUAUAUGAAUAUUUGGUGAACAUAUUUUCAAGUCAGAUACUGUUAUUUAAUUUUGAAUUACAACAAAAUAACAAAUAAUCCUUUUUUGUUAGUUUUGCUUUUUUGUAUAGAUUUCCGUUUUUCCUCCUCUUUUGUUUAACCGAUUAUUUUGAGAAGUAGGUACUACCGGGAAAUUUUAAUUUGGACGUCCCAAAAAUACCAACUACCAACAAAAUCCAAUUUGUAAUCAAAAACCACUUUCAAAGUAAGUGGAAAAUCGAAUCAUUUUUUCUACUAUAAAACAUGCGUAGACUGUAGGCACUUACACAUAAUUGUAAUAUCAAUAUAGUCAUCGCUCCGCUCAUUCUGCAUAAUCGAAAAUUGUAUGAAAGUAAAUUAAUUAUGAUCAAACGGUGUAGGAGCCAGGAGGUGUGAGGUAAAACAACUAUGAUAAUAUUACAUUUAUAAUUAAAAAUAAAUUGAAUACAUUUGUCAAUGCCUAUUAAAGGAUUAAAAUUAUAUUAGAAUAAAUAUAAUUUGACUAAAAUAACUAGGUAUCAGUGAAAUUAAUCAUUAAUAAUUAAAAAUGCAAUCAUUCGCCAAUGUCUAUGAUUAAUUUUGUUUAGAUUUAUCAUAUUAUUAAUUAUAAAAUAUAUUUUUAGUUAUUUUUUACAUACCUAAUAAUAUUAUAUUGACCAUAUUGGCAUAUUGUACAUAAUAUGUCAUUAAUCAUUAUAUACCUAUAGUAUUAGUAGCUAGUAGUAGGUACCUAUCUGACAUCGGUUAUAUUUUAAUGUAAUCAUUAAUAGAGCCUGCAAAUCGAUCGCUAUUCACUACAUGUCCGUGUUAGGUUUAGUAUUUCUAUAGAAUUCGUAUUGAUGUCGAACAAAAUAUAGGUAUAGAGGCGUAUGCAGUUGAACACGACGUAUGUUUAUUAUAAUAAACCAGUACCUAAACAAAAUAAGUACAACACAAGUGAUUCCAUGGAAUCGUUAUUUAGUUUUCUAAGAAAAACAUUUUUUUUCUAAAAAUGUACUUAUACAUAUGUAAAUAACUAUUUUUAUAAUAAUGGUCGUCACCGUAUCGAGCAGUGGGUGGGUGGGUAGGUAUUGUAAGAACUUGUAUGAACCAUAAUAACAGUAUAAUAUACUAUGUAGGGUAAUUUAUGUAUAAAGCUAUAGGUAGGUAUGUCAACCGCGUGACUAUGCCACUGUGGUUGCGAUGUUUUCCGUGUAACGAAAAAAAUGUAUUUCAAUAUAAUUUUUCCGAUAAAUGUCGAAUUAUAUUUUCUAUCAUCAUAAUCAUUACGUGUGUGUUCAACUUGAUCAGCGCGCCGCUGGUCGUGCAGUGCAUGGGCGACGACUGGUCUGACGUGUUGUCGACAUCGUUGACGGUAUUGCAGUCCAGGGUAGUGGCCAUCGCUUCGUUUAUAUCCAGGGGAAUCGUGUUGUACAACGCGUAUUUUAACAAGUAUCAAAAGUACAGGACGACGUUGGAAAGUUUUAGCAUCUACUCGCCAAUGACCGCCGCCGUUUGGAGCCAGUACAAAUUGUAUUCUAUCGUGACCGUAUCGCUGUGUCUAACGUUCAUGUUGCCGACGAACUUCGUAAAACUGUACAACAUGUACUACAAACACCCCGACGGGUCCUUAUUGGCGACGCAUUUCUUCUUCUUUUAUUUACAAAAUUUCAGUAUGUACUUGAUCGAAAACGAUUUCGCCAAUCGGUGUUUCAUGGUCUACGCGACGUUCCGAGACAUCAACGACGAUUUAAACAGAAUGAAAACCGAGCACAUCGACCGCGGCAGAUUUCCGUUUCUCCGUUCCUCGAUUUCCGUUCCUCGAGCUGCAGACGACCCGUGGUCGAAUGCUGCACCGUCGUCGACAUCGUGUGUCGUCGUUUACGAUAAAGAUUUUUACUGUCCGAGAGACAAGGCGAACCCGUUGACCAACAUCGUCGAGAUCUUGAAAAUCAGACACUGGUUAACCCGCGAAGCCGUAGUCGACAUAAACUAUCUGUUCGGCAAUCACUUGGGACUGUCGAUACUCUCCUUGAGCGUUCUUGUGUUGCUGGACGUAUACACCGGCGUGUUCCAUUCUUUUCCUAAUGACCGCAUGGAUAAGAAAAUAUUUCGCUCGACGCUGUUAUUCUUUGCGUGUGUACUGCAGUACUUGUAUAGGUUCUGUGUAAUUACUAUCCUCUCGAAUGUAACGACAAAUCAGGCGGUUAAUGCAAAAACAUUAAUAACUGAUAUAAACAAUAGGUAUUUGGAUACUAGUACACAGGAAGAGCUUCAACUAUUCUACACUCAAAUAUCUAGUCGUUACAUUGAGUUCACUGCUUGUGAUUUAUUCACUUUGAAUACACGUCUCAUCACUUCAGUACGCGAUGUGGCUGAUCCGGGCGUUUUGGAGACUGGGCGGAGUGUUCACCAUCGACCUGUCGUACAACAAGUUUCAAAACGCGUACUCUGCGCUGCUGAUAGCCACGUGCGUAUACAAUUUCGUGAACGCGUCGCAGGUCAUAUGCAAAGUGGACCAUUGGUGCUCCACGUUUUCGUCGACGCUGACGGCCGUGUACGACAGGGUGUUGACGUCCGCCGUGUUCUUCUCCCGGAUCGCGGUCGUGUACGAAUGCAAGCCGUACAUGUCCAGGUACCGAGCGACCAUCAGAGCGUUCGAGGCGUACUCGCCACCGUCGCCCACAGAGCUCCGGCGGCACAGGGCGUUUUCGCUGGCCGUGGUCGCCACGUGUCUGGCCGUCAUCGUGCCCACCAACUCGAUUUGCAUGUACUACUUGUACCGCUACGAGCCCAACUCGGAUGCGUCGCUGUUCGUCUACCAGCUGUUCAUGUAUGUCCAGAACCUGAGCAUGUGCUGCAUCGAGACGCAGUUUGUCGUACAGUGUUUCAAGGUCUACACCAAGUUUCACGGCAUCAACGACGAUCUGAAGAGGCUGAAGGACGAAAACCUCAACCGCUCCGAAUACCCGUAUAUGUCGUCCACGGGCUCAUCGUCGCGGUCGUCGUCGCGGUCUGCCGUCGUGUACGACAAAGACUUUUACCGUCCACGGUUCAUGAGUUGUCCGACGGCCAACACGGUCGAGUUGCUCAGAAUCAAACACUGGCUGAUCCGACUGUCGAUAGACGCGCUCAACAACCUGUUCGGCGUGCACAUGGGACUGUCGGUGUUCUAUCUGUGGCUCAUGGCCUUGUUCGAUAUUUAUUACGAAAUGUUCUACAAAUCUCGGUCGGGACUGUUGGUCUACUGUUGGCUGCUACAAUACACGCUGAGGCUGUUAUUGAUCAUAUUGAUGGCGCACUUCACGACGAGACAGGCACUCGAAGCGAAAUCACUUAUCGCGGAUACCAAUAACGGAACUAUGGAUAGUAGUACCAAAGAAGAGGCUAUUGCUGCUGGUGCUACAUGUCUUGUUAUUUUGGUCCAAUUUCACUCUGAGAGAAAUUGAAAUUAUUUCCAAUCAAGAUAUCUACAUAUUAUUUAAUAAACACAAAAUGCACGUUACAGAAAAAUAUAGGCAUCUACCUACUAUUAUAUUUAAAUUUAAUCAUGAAGAAUCUUUUGUUUUCGUUCCUACUUCUUAUGACUUAUUUCCUUAUUCAAAGAGUAGUGAGAUAAUCUUCAGAGAGAUAAGUAAGUUCGUCACCGUUAACAUUAAGAUUACCUAUGAUUAAUGUAAAAUAAUGUCGUAUACUUAAUGUAUUACGAAGCUACUUUUUUUCAACAUCAUUUAACUUACUAAAAUACACUUACUUUUCCGGGGAGGAAUUUCUUGAAUUACAUAAACCAAAAUAUGAUUUUUACACAUUACAAUAUCUUCGAAUGAUGUAAUUUUUUUAUAAUCGAUUGUUAAGUUUUCUAACUCUUCAAUUAUUAAUUUACCUUUAAUUAAUAUAAGGAUGCAGAAGUUUUGUGUAUAGUAAUAUAUCCUAUUACUUUUUUCUUAUCCUCAUAAUAUUAUUAGUUUAUUUUCCUUGCGAUGUUCGACUAAUAUUAGAACAACCUACUAUAAUAAACUUAAAAAUAAGAACUACACAUCCAAGGCUACACAAAACAAGCACAAUAGCUUAAAGGAAGUGUU